UCGCCUCAAGUGCCCACUUUGAGGCCCUCUGUAUGAGUGACAAGCCAGUCUGCCAUGGAACCUAGCCCUGCCCUGGCCUGGCUCCUGCUGCUGAGCCUGCUGGCCGACUGUCUGAAAGCUGCUCAAUCCCGAGACUUCACAGUGAAAGACAUCAUCUACCUCCACCCUUCAACCACUCCAUAUCCUGGUGGAUUUAAAUGUUUCACCUGCGAAAAGGCAGCGGACAAUUAUGAAUGCAACCGAUGGGCUCCUGACAUCUACUGCCCUCGAGACACCAGAUACUGCUAUACUCAGCACACCAUGGAAGUCACAGGAAACAGCAUUUCUGUCACCAAACGCUGUGUCCCCCUGGAGGACUGCUUAUCCACGGGCUGUCGAGACUCGGAGCAUGAAGGCCACAAGAUCUGCACCUCCUGCUGCGAAGGAAAUAUCUGCAAUCUACCGCUCCCUCGAAAUGAAACUGACGCCACAUUUGCCACAACGUCACCUAUAAAUCAGACAAAUGGGCACCCACACUGUGUGUCAGUGAUUGUGUCCUGCCUGUGGGUGUGGCUAGGGCUCACCUUGUAGCAGCGCUCGCCACCAAAUGUAGUGGAGCUCUGUGGGUUCCCCUGUGGCCCUGUGGCCCGUAGUCAUGCAUGAGUCAUUGGCCUGGCAGUAGUGACACAGUGCAGCCACAGCUCCCCGGGACAUCAUCACAGCCGGGCAUUCCCAUUCCCAUGAAGAACAAGCAUUCCUUCAAUGCUGUCAUUUUCAGCCUAACCAAGACCCCAUCUCAGUUAGCCUGUCCCUCAUAUGGACCCUGAUUUCUAUACCACAAGCCUGUGAUGUUGCUCCAAGAAAGAGUUCUGCGUUUAUUGAUGUCUGUGGAAUCCAUUCAUGAGCUGCCGGAGAUCCUGCACCCUCUGAGAUGUGAGAAAUAAGCCAUGGAUGCAGGUGAUGUUCAUUUUUCAGGAGGAGAGUAAAAGAACCACCGGCUUAAUGCAAAUCACAGCUUCACCCAUGGCUUUAGAAUUUUAAAACUUUAAAUCCAAAAUAAAUGGGAUAAUUUCUUUGA